AUGCUGAUGACCUGGGAGGAGGCUGGGAAGGGCCGGGCCGGGCCGGGCGCGGAGGGAGGCGAGUCCCCCGCUGCCAGUAACGCUGCCUUGUCUUUGCCCUUGCAGAGCAAUAUAUUCGGCGGUCUGGACGAGAGCCUGCUGGCCCGCGCGGAAGCUCUGGCGGCGGUGGAUAUCGUGUCCCCGGGCAAGAGCCACCACCAUCACCCGCCCCACCACAGCCCCUUCAAGCCGGACGCCACCUACCACACCAUGAACACCAUCCCCUGCACCUCGGCCGCCUCCUCCUCCUCCGUGCCCAUCUCGCACCCGUCCGCCCUGGCCGGCGCGCACCACCACCACCACCAUCACCACCACCACCACCAGCCGCACCAGGCGCUGGAAGGGGAGCUCUUAGACCACCUCACGCCCGGGCUGGCGCUCGGGGCCAUGACGGGACCGGACGGCUCGGUGGUGUCCACCCCAGCCCACGCUCCCCACAUGGCCAGCAUGAACCAUAUGCACCAGGCGGCUCUCAGCAUGGCCCAUGCCCACGGGCUGCCCUCUCACAUGGGCUGCAUGAGCGACGUGGACGCGGAUCCGCGGGAUUUGGAAGCCUUUGCCGAGAGGUUCAAGCAGCGGAGGAUCAAGCUGGGGGUGACCCAGGCGGACGUGGGCUCUGCCCUGGCCAACCUGAAGAUCCCGGGCGUGGGCUCCCUGAGCCAGAGCACCAUCUGCAGGUUCGAGUCCCUCACCUUGUCCCACAACAACAUGAUCGCCCUCAAGCCCAUCCUGCAAGCCUGGCUGGAGGAGGCGGAGAAGUCUCACCGGGAGAAGCUCACCAAGCCCGAGCUCUUCAACGGGGCGGAGAAGAAGAGGAAGCGCACCUCCAUCGCCGCUCCCGAGAAAAGGUCCCUGGAAGCCUACUUCGCCAUCCAGCCCCGUCCCUCCUCGGAAAAAAUCGCGGCCAUCGCGGAGAAACUCGACCUCAAGAAGAACGUGGUCCGGGUCUGGUUCUGCAACCAGAGACAGAAACAGAAACGAAUGAAAUACUCCGCUGGGAUUUAAAGUCUCCGGGGGCUGGCUUGCUUUCUUGUUUUUUGUUUUUGUUUUUUUUUUAAAUAAAAUAAAACAAAAAAACUAAAAUCAACAACAAGACACAUUUUAAUGAUUCGCUAUAGUGAGAGAGAGAGGGGCAGAGAAGCACAGAGGCAAAAAGACCUAGGGAGAGAGAGAAAGAGACUGGCAAACAAGAAGUAAAUUGUCAAGUUUAGGAAAGUUCCCCCUUGGAGAGACCCCCUGCUUGUUCACAGUGACUCAGUAUCACCCAGAGACUGACUUGUUGAAGGCAGAUCAGAAAUCCUUUUUAAAGGACCGAAGACGUACCAAGUAAGAUUUGUUUUUAUUCUUAAAGACAUCACCUAUGUUCACAUUUAAAAAAAAGUACACUUUGCAGCUAUUUUUCAGAGAAUAAAUUGACUCCAGACUGAAACUUUAGAGCUGAGGCUUCUACCAGUAGAGAUUCAUCUCAAAAGUAUUUUGAUUUAAGAAAAAAAAAAAGAUGGCAGGUUUUUCUGCAUUUACACUGCAUAUU